AUGGGGAUGAGGGAGAGUGAUGGCGUUCAGGAUGAAGAUGCUGAUCUAAUCAGAAGGACUUCCCGAAAAAUUAUCGCGCUCUCCCAUCUGACUCCUCUUCCUUUUCCCGCUCCCAUCAUCUUUUCUCCCACUCUUUCCCACACUCCAUCCCGCCCCCUCUCUUUAUCACACACUGUCCACUCUCGAGUCGUCAUCGAUGUUUUGGCAACCUCUGAGGGUGACAUUGUCCUGACUUGCUCGGUAGAUGACGCUUUCGAAGCUCCGGUCCAAUGGUCAACCAACAGGACGGGGAGCCUGAUGAAUAUCACUGGUGGAGAUGAUUUUACUCACUUGGAGGUUUUGCCAAAUAGCACGCUUAUCAUUCGGACAAGCGAAGGCCCGUACUACGGCUUUUAUUUCUGUACACAUCGAGCGUCUGGUCGCAACUAUACUGCGAGACUUAAACAAGCUCCAGCUCUCCGGAUCUCUCGAAUCCCCCUCGGCAACGGCGACCUUCUCCUGACGUGCCUCGUCAACCAAUCAACAACCAUCCCGGUGACGUGGUCGUUCAGACAAACAGGGGAGACGACCUCGAGCAAUCUCGUCGGUGGGGACGACGAUGACCACGUCCAGGUGUUAUCGAACAAUUCCCUUAUCGUACGGGACUUUGAGGACGAGGACGUUGGCCAUUAUACCUGUACUGCGAGACACGAUGGGCUUGUCAGGAAUGUGACGGCUAGAGUCAGUUUAGCUGCAAAACGUGACAUCAUAACUUUCACGACGUACCAGGACGAGAACUACAAUUUCUUCGUCACGUGCAUCGUGGAAGGCGCCCCUGCCACGCCCAUUCACCAAGUCACGUGGUCUUAUGGUGAGGAUGGUGAUGACGACAUGCCGGAUUUGAUCCCGUCGGGUGACGAAGAUUCGCAUGUCCAAGUACUGGAGAAUAGCACCCUCUUGAUCAGGGAUUACACCCCGGAAGAUGCGGGGUGGUACUACUGCACCGCUCUGCUGUCAGAUGGCACAAGGAAAAUGAAGCCAAUUGAUGUUGGAGGUGCCCCUCUCUCGACCGCCGCUAAUAUUUGGCUAAUCAUCUUGGUAACAGUCUUUACUAUCAUCCGGAAUGCAUCAGCCCUUUAAAGGAAGAAAAAUAAAUUAACCUGGGGGGCUGAGGGAUGGGUGGAUGGGCCAAGCUUUGUAGGAAUCGUCGGAUGAUAACAAACAUUUUGUUUUCAUUGGAACAUUUUGACAAAGCUAUAUUGCUGUAUUGUUUUAGUAUUUGUUUAUUUUGUUAGUUUUUUAAGAGCAGUAGACCAAUGAUCCAUAAUGAUUGUAACAUUUACUCGUAAUUCAAACCUGAAUGUAUUCGAAGUUCCAGAUCUUUUGAACAAACUGAAGAACAUUAAGCCUAUGCACUCCUGGAAAAAAAUCCAUGAACAAAAUUAUGAAGAAAAAAAAUCGCUGAUUAUGUUUAAAAAAAAUGUUGAGAAUUCCUUAAAAAUACAUGAAAAUGUUUAAAAGUAACAUAAAGAUAUCCAAGGCAGAUAUUGUAGUUUACAAGCGUGUGGAAAAUAAAACUUUUUCGAAAACAAAAUUUGACAGAUGAAUUAUUUUUCACAAGAGCAUA